GAGAACCAGUUCAUAUUAUUCAUCCAGCUCCGUAACUCAAGUGCCGACGAGCGGCACACAACAUUUAAAACAAUCAAGACCACACUAGCCACCUCGAAAGCCCAGCCGCAAACAUGUCCGGAAUCAUGCGUGUGCCAUCGAUUUUGGCCAAAAAUGCAGUCGUCUCCAUGCAGCGCGCAGCUGCAAUUGCAGGGCAACGUAGUUAUCACAUAACGCACGGUCGCCAGCAGGCGACGGCAGCUAAUCCGGAUAAGAUAUCGAAGCAGUAUCCUGUCGUCGAUCAUGCCUACGAUGCAGUUGUGGUGGGAGCCGGCGGUGCUGGUCUCCGGGCCGCUUUUGGCCUUGUCGCCGAGGGAUUCCGCACGGCGGUGAUCACCAAAUUGUUCCCCACCCGCUCGCACACGAUUGCCGCGCAGGGCGGCAUCAAUGCGGCGCUGGGCAAUAUGGAGGAGGACGACUGGAAGUGGCACAUGUACGACACAGUCAAGGGAUCCGACUGGCUGGGCGAUCAGGAUGCUAUACACUACAUGACCCGGGAGGCACCCAAGGCUGUCAUCGAGCUGGAGAACUACGGCAUGCCCUUCUCCCGCACACAAGACGGAAAAAUCUACCAGCGCGCCUUCGGUGGCCAGAGCUUGAAAUUCGGCAAGGGCGGACAGGCGCAUAGAUGUUGUGCUGUGGCGGAUCGUACCGGGCACUCCCUGUUGCACACCCUCUACGGACAGUCGCUCAGUUACGAUUGCAACUACUUUGUGGAGUACUUUGCCCUGGAUCUGAUCUUCGAGGAUGGCGAGUGCCGGGGCGUGUUGGCCCUUAACCUGGAGGAUGGUACUCUGCACCGUUUCCGAGCCCAGAACACCGUCAUUGCCACUGGCGGCUAUGGCCGUGCCUUUUUCUCCUGCACCUCUGCCCACACCUGCACUGGCGACGGCACUGCUAUGGUCGCUCGACAGGGCCUCCCCUCUCAAGACUUGGAGUUUGUUCAGUUCCACCCCACUGGCAUCUAUGGAGCCGGCUGCCUCAUUACCGAGGGCUGCCGCGGCGAGGGUGGCUACCUGAUCAAUGCCAAGGGCGAACGUUUCAUGGAGCGGUAUGCUCCGGUGGCGAAGGAUCUCGCCUCUCGGGACGUCGUGUCGCGUUCAAUGACCAUCGAGAUCAUGGAGGGUCGUGGUGUUGGCCCCGACAAGGAUCACGUUUACCUGCAGCUGCACCAUUUGCCACCCAAGCAGCUGGCCGAGCGACUACCCGGCAUCUCAGAGACUGCUAUGAUUUUUGCCGGCGUAGAUGUAACACGCGAGCCAAUCCCCGUCUUACCCACGGUGCACUACAACAUGGGUGGUGUGCCAACCAACUAUCGCGGCCAGGUGAUCACCGUUGACAAGGACGGCAAGGAUAUCAUUGUCCCCGGCCUCUACGCUGCAGGGGAGGCAGCCUCCAGCUCCGUUCACGGUGCCAAUCGUCUGGGUGCCAACUCUCUGCUGGAUCUGGUUGUUUUCGGACGUGCCUGCGCCAAGACCAUUGCCGAGGAGAAUAAGCCCGGCGCAGCUGCUCCCACUCUCAAGGAUACAGCUGGCGAGGCCUCUGUGGCUAACUUGGAUAAGCUGCGCUUUGCCAACGGCCAGAUCACCACUGCCGAUCUGCGCCUGAAGAUGCAGAAGACCAUGCAGCAUCAUGCUGCUGUGUUCCGCGACGGGCCCAUCCUCAAGGAGGGUGUGAGCAAAAUGCAGGAGAUCUACAAGCAAUUCAAGGACGUUAAGGUUGUGGACAAGUCCCUAGUCUGGAACUCGGAUUUGGUCGAGACGCUGGAGCUGCAGAAUCUGUUGGCCAAUGCCCAAAUGACCAUUGUGGGAGCCGAGGCGCGUAAGGAGUCGCGUGGUGCUCACGCCCGUGAAGACUUCAAGAUCAGGCUUGACGAAUAUGAUUACAGCAAGCCCGUCGAGGGACAGGAGAAGGUGCCCUUUGAGAAGCACUGGCGCAAGCACACGCUCGCCUGGGUGUGCAACGACAAUGGAGAUGUUCAGUUGGAUUACAGGAACGUAAUCGAUACCACGCUGGACAACGAGGUGUCAACGGUGCCGCCAGCGAUCCGCUCCUACUAAAUUGAUAUGAUUAGAUGGAGGCUACCCGCAUACACAUAAAACACCACAGCCAACACACACCACACACACGGAUGUCUACUUAAGGGGUCGCAACCUGAGGAAAGGAAAGAUAUUUAGAGUCGAGUCGCAAAUUUUGUACUAUUUCCGGGAAACUUUGCACCCCAACGUCUUGCGACAGAAUGUAAAGCCAGUUAUCCCAUAUGCAUCCUACAUAUAUAUAUUCUCUAUAUAUCCUAUGUUGCUCCUGUUUCUAUCUAUUUUCUGUACGCCCUGUAUGCCCUCCCUCCACCUGAUGAUUACUUUUUUUCGGUUGUUUAUAUACAAUUUACAAUUUUACAUUA